UGAUUACAAAAUUAAACUUCUAAUUUUAAAUGAUGCGUGUUGCAUUUCCAUUAUUGAUUUAGAUUUGUUGGGUUCGUGGAAAAGGAUGUACGACUAUAAAUGAUUAUAGUUUUAACACUUCUAACAUUUCAUGUAGGAAAAUUUGUUCAACUUCAAUCCGAUAAAUGAAGACUAAAUAUGAAUCGACUUGAUUCGAAAUAAAUUGCACAUAAAAAUUAAAUAUGUUUUGUUAUAAGAAUUAGGUACACACAUGAAUACAAAUUGACCCACAUGUGAUAUAGUUUUUAAAUUCCGUCCAAAACCCGAAUAUACACCUCUACUUUAGAGUAUCACUAUACCUUUUAAAGCAUACCUAAUUUACAAAAGACAGCAAAAUAAUAUCUCACUCUCGGCCCCAAAAAUGUUUUAGAGCUAGCAUUGGAACUCAAUUAUUCUGUAGGCCUAUUCAUUCCCCCCCCGCCCCUCCCCCCCCCCCCCCCCCCCUCCUUUCCAUGUAUUUUUAUUCCUUGCAAGUUGCAACAUUUGUUUGUCUUCUAAUGAGUUUCUUAGAUUGCUUGUUUUUCUUAUCUUUUAUGUUUUCUUAGUUCUUAUUAUUGUUUAGUAGCUUCUUCUAUUAUAAUCCCUACCUACUUAUUGUAUAUUGUAUGAACAUGCAUGCUCAACAAACACAAUUAAAGCAUAAUUUACUUUUAAUUAUACAAAGGAUGAAGGAAAGAAGCCAGAAACUGAGGGAGCCGAAAAGCCAGCCGAGGGAGCUGAAAAGCCAGCCGAUGAGAAGCCAUCAGAGCCAGCAAAACCUGAGGAAGCAGCCAAAGAAGUGGCUAUUGAGUCGAAGAAAGAAGAAGCACCAAAGCUGGCAGUUGAGCCACCUAAGCCUGAAGCCUCUGAGCCAAAGAAAGAAGAGCCUAAACCAGCUGCAACUCCAGCCACGGCUCCAGCCACAGCUGACAAAAAAGUGGAUGAGAAGAAAGUUGAGGCUAAGUGAAGCACACUGAUUGUUAAUUCAUGGAUUGUUCCUUUAAAAAAAAAAAAGAAAAGAAAAAAAAAAUCUAAUAAUAUGUUUGUGAUUGGUUAGGACUUACUAUUUUUUCAUUUGAUGAAUUAGUUUAUUUGGUAUUUUGUUUAAAUGAAUAUAUUCAUGGGAGGAGAAUGUUGUUGUGGCAAAAACCAAAAAGAGGCAUUGUUUUGUGAAUUAUAUUUCAUUAUAUAAGAUUUUGUUGUUAUGCCCAUUAA